AUGAAGUUCUUCUACCAAGUCAUCACGACCCCAACGGCCGAUACCCCCGGCACCGCCAUCUGCCUCAAUUUCCCUGAUAAGCGAUAUUUUUUCGGUCAAGUGUCAGAAGGACUACAGCGCGCAUGCAUAGAGCGUGGAGUUAAGCUCGGUCUCCUUACCGAUGUGUUUAUCACUGGACGGACGGAGUGGGCGAAUACAGGCGGGUUAAUGGGCAUCAUUCUGACUCUUGCCGAUACCUUGGCGAGUUCCAAUGCGGCGCUUGAAGAGGACAGACGGCAGAAGGCCACACGCAGGGCAGAAAUCGAGAGUGGUAAUAAGGGUAAAGGGAAGGGAAACAAAGAAGACCCACCUACACUCAGACCCGGCAAGACCUACGAGCGGGACGGCGAGGUCUUGGAGCAGGGAAGUCACUUGACGAUUCAUGGUGCUACCAAUCUCACGCACACCCUGGCUACGGCUCGGCGGUUUGUGUUCCGCAAAGGAACACCUGUGUACUUGAAAGAAUAUGACUCGGAGACACUCGCGCAGGAAACGCCUAUCGGCGCCGAUGAUCCAUUUGCGAAUCCUUCGUGGUCCGACUCUAACAUCAAGGUCUGGGCCCUGCCUCUCAAGCCUCAACCCUCAGCCAGCCCUCGAAUUACGCGGUCGCAUAGUCCGCGGAAGCGGAGCCUCGACGAGUUCCAGGGAAACGAACAGCCUGCGGAUCACAUAAACCAACGUGCCAAGGACCUGAUGGUGAGGCAAGCGAUUGUGCAGGAUAUGUUCAAUUCAACAUGGAAAAUGGACACCCUUCAUGAGACCCCACUGGCUGAGGUUCAAAUGCCUGCAGCCAUCUUUGUUCGCAACCCGCAGACCAAGGAUCUUGAGCAAUACAAAGGCCCCGUGCCGGGAGACAAGGAACCCCUCCCCGAUAUCAGGGUACUUGUCCGAAAGCCUUGGCCGGGUGCGGCGGUCGAGAACCUACCGCCCACAUCCCCCUCGAAGGAGGCAGUUUGUUAUAUUGUGCGGAACCACGACAUCCGUGGAAAAUUUGACCCAAAGAAGGCCCAAGAACUGAAGGUUCAGAAGGGCCCCAAUUACGCAGCUCUAACGAUGGGCAAGAGCGUUCAAUCUUUGGAUGGCAAGACCAUCACUCCAGAUAUGGUUUUGGGGCAGACGCGAUUGGGCAAAGGCACCGCCAUAAUGGAAAUUCCAUCGUCCGAGUACCUUGAGGACAUGGUUAGCCGGCCUGAAUGGAAGUCGCCCGCUGUGACGACUGGCCUGCAAGUCUUCAUCUGGAUUCUUGGACCGGGAGUUGCUGAGCAUCCCAAAUUCCAGGAGUUCGUCGCCAGCAUGCCUCACUGUAAGCACACCGUGUCGAGUACAGACUACUGUCCGAACUACUUGGCGUUAGGCAGUUCUGCUGGUUCAACCAUUCGACUUGCUCGUCUGAGGCCCGAUAACUACGCCGUUCCAGUUCACGACAAUGUGACACUACCCCAACCCGGUGCCCCCAACACCGGCUCACAAUCUGCAGUCGCUGCCCGCGGGAACUCUCCACUAGAGCCUAUUGAACCCGGUCUCAUCAUCAACAUGGAGCCUCAAUUCGGCAUCAACACGGAAGAGGUGAUGCCGCUCUUCAACCCAGCCAAAGAACUGAAUAGUGUCCCGCGUUCCAUCCAGCAACGGAUGGACGUCAUAGGCAAACGCGUGGCCAAGCCCGCUUUCCAGAAGAUGUUGCAAGCGCGACGGGCAGAUUGGCCCGGAGCAGAUGCAGAGAUUAUCGCACUGGGCACUGGAUCCUCCGUCCCAUCCAAAUACCGUAAUGUCUCCGCCACACUGGUCAAGGUUCCUGGGUACGGCUACUAUUUGCUCGACUGUGGCGAGAAUACUUUCGGCCAGCUGAAGCGAGUCUUCAACCCCGCAGAGCUUCGCGAAGUGCUCCAGAACCUGCGCAUGAUCUGGAUCAGCCAUUUGCAUGCUGAUCACCACCUAGGCACGGCCACCGUCAUCAAGGCUUGGUACGAGGAGGUCUAUAAGAAUGGACCUGGUUCGUCGGCCAGCCCUGAGACUAACAUGUCCAAGUUCCUCCAAGAGAAGCCACUCAGUGUUGUGUCCGACGAUGCAAUGCUUCGUUGGCUGGAAGAGUAUUCCCAGGUUGAGGACAUCGGAUUUGACAAAGUUCUUGCUCUAUGCGCGCAUCCUGACUCCAAAGACUCUGAACUCACCACUCAAUUUUCCCAACGCCUAACAGAGGGUCGUCGGAUUCAGUUGAGCUUCACCGACGAAUCCAACCCCCUCACUCCUCUCCUCAAGUCUGCCACUGGCCUUGAAAAUCUGCUUACCUGCCGUGUUAAGCACUGCAAGGGCUCGCUCGCCGUGUCUCUUGUCUUCUCCAAUGGCUUCAAACUCUCCUACUCUGGCGACUGUAGACCAUCAGACAAGUUCGCCAAAAUCGGAAAGGGUUCAACCGUGCUCAUUCACGAGGCCACUUUCCAACAUGACAUGGGCGGAAUGGCUAUCGCCAAGCGCCACUCGACUUCCACUGAGGCGAUCGAGAUUGGCCGUCGCAUGGAAGCGCGCGCUGUCCUGCUCACCCAUUUCAGCCAGCGCUACCAGAAGUUUGCCUCUGUGGAGAAUCAAAACGCAGAAACCGCCCCGCCCCGGGCGGAUGUGACCGUGAAUGAGCCCGCAGACGCAGAUAUCCCCUUCGAUGACCCUCAAGACCAGCCCAUGAUCUCCCAAGGAGCCCCGCUAUCCGACGACAUCAGUCUCUCUCGAUCUCGCCAACAAUGGGGCCAGUACGAGGGCUUCGUCAGUAGCGCGAUGGAUUUCAUGCGUAUCAAGGUCGGGGACUUCCCUCUUGCGCAGGCAUAUGCACCGGCAGUGGAGAAGUAUGUGCAGCUCCUGGAGCGGGCAGCCUUAGCGGAAGCGGAGCGUAUUAAGAAAGACCGCCAAGAAGAAGAGAAUGCUCGCAAGGCGAAGCAUAAUAAGAAGUGGGCCAAGCAAAUGGCUACUACUACCGCUGCGACGGCUGCGCUUGCUGCCACCAAGACCGAGGAACAGAUGGAACCUACUCGGUCUGUUUGGAGUGCAAGUGAAAGCGAGGAAGGGUGGGAAACGAGUGACUACGAGGCAUGA